AUGGACGGCUAUAACUACGGCUCCAGGCCGCUUCAUGGCCAGUCGUCCCUAAGCCCCGAGACUCCGACGAGUGCAUAUAAGACUAAUGUGAAGAGAACAAAAACAAAGAAAUGGGUCGAAGCUAAGACCCAGAACUACGAUGGCGAUGACUGGGGUAACGACUUCGACGAUGAGCCUGAUGAACAGGUGCCCGUACCUCCUCUUAAACCCAAGAUGGGUUUCCGCCAACCAAGCCCUAGCCAGGCGACAACUGCCAACCUCCCAUCUAAUCAGCCGUCGGCACCCCAAUCUGAGGAGCCGGUGUCGACGACACGACCGCUGCAGCCGACCGGGAAUGAAUCAAGAAUGUCCUCCAGUCCCCGGGCCACGGCUGGUCUCCCACCUCUCCAAACCCAGACUAAGCCGCAGCCUGGGUCAGCCGUCAUCCAGACCGUGUCGAAUGAUAUCAGACCUCCCGAAGUCUCCGGUCCAUCCCCAAUGGACAGCUCUGCUGAGAAGCCUUCGUACGAACAACUGGUAUCGCCGCAAUCGGCCAGUGUUGGCCCAAAUCCCGGCCCUUUUGUAGGCCGCUACGGGCAUUCUCAAAGUAUUCCCUCUUCUGUGGGUAGUCCGCGAGCCUCGCCGCCACCACAGCAGCAGUUAGCACAACACCAGGCUCCUCUUUUUCCACCUCGUAAGAGUAGCAUGAGCCAACAUGACACGGAUCGUCAUUCGAACUCGCGAUCAAGCUCCACUCAUCCUCCCCUUGUUGAACAAAGGCCGACGUCUCCUCCCAUUAUCACAUCGUCUGGCACGCCCUCGAAUUCCGAGGCACUUCCUUUUGUGCGUCCCUCUGAUAUUUAUCGCCGUCUGGAUGAUGAGAAAGAAGAGGGGCAGCGGCCCACGGAGUUGGAACGGCCAAGCUUGGACAGUACCGGAAACCCCGUGAGCGAUCGCUCCGCAUCGCCUUCGAAAGCAGCCGUUUCUGGCGCCGAAAGUAGCGAGCAGUCUGGGGGCGAUACUUUGGCCAGGUCAGAAGGAGGAGAUGCCGCCCAAAACAAACAGCAAACCGUUUUGAAGCCGGUUGCAGAAAGAAGGAGCGAGUACGGCUUCGACGGCCUACACACACACCCUCAAAACCACAUUCAUUCGCCUGCAUUUGGAAACCUUGAACAAGGUAGUCUUGGUGUACCUGAACCAUCAUCUGAACCUCAACUGCAACACCCAAGUAAUGAAGAGGCUGAGCAGCAACGGCGUUAUUCCUCAAGCCCACGUUUGCCUGAUCUCGCUCGCAUGUCGCUUUUUGGAGACGAUUUUUUCUCCAACCCUGGCAAGUUCGCUGACGACGCCCCCCCAAUGCCUCCUUUGCAGCCGCCGCCUGGACUGGCGUCUUCACCUGGGAACUCACUGUCUAAGGAAACGACAGCGGCGGCAGGUGUCGAAGUAGGAUCCUCACUGUCGACUUCCAGUUCAACUCCGCAACGAGCCGAAUCUCCACAGGUACCUGACCAACAAGACAGAAAUAAAUUAGUUUGUCUGCCAGAGGAAUCGCCAGCAAAUGAGCACUUGGAGCCGACAGUAUCGAGCUUGCCUUCCCAGGCAUCACGACCUUCCCUUCCUGGUGGCUGGGUCACUGAGACACGGUCAGUCACCGACGAACAGACACCACCUGCUACGGUUUUAAAGAAGGUCGCAAACUUGGAUUCUGGUGAGGUUUCUCCCAUAUCCGACAAUGAAGACGAAGAACCACAUAGUGGUGGUGUCUUGACGGCGAAGGAACCGGUAUCGAUACCGAUUCCUAUUCCUGCCGACUCACAGCAGGCUGAAGCAUCCAAUCGGGAUGCCGACAAAGCUAAUAUCGGUAUCAAGCCUUUGGCUCCUCUGAAUCCUCAGCCUUCGAAUAGCUCUUCAAUGGAUUUUGUGGCACCGGAGAAGUUGCAUCGCGAAUCGACCAUGAGCACGAUUAACUCUCCAUCCCCUGUCAAAGAAAGCGACAAGUUGAGAGAAGAGAUCAUGCGCAGCCUAAGCCCAGUUCGUCCCACAAAUGACGUGAACGGCAGGAUACUAGGCCAGGCCGGAGAGGAUAGUGGUCCUCGUGAGAGCACGUACCUACAUGGUGUCUAUGAUGACUACUGGGCCGCAGGGGACGAUAAGCCCAGUGUACCUGACUUACCUGCCAAGCAAGCCGAGCAGAUAGUCACCUCUGCCUCAAAUAAAGACAUUUCCGAGGUUCCUCCAUUGAGUCCCCGUAAAGAGGCUGCUGGAACACCCCCAAUUCAUGGUCGGCGGUUUUCUUGGGAGGCGGGCUUGGAGCAAGUAACCUCAGAACCCACCGACCUUGAAAAAGAUCCCCUGCCUGGAUCUCAACCACAACCCAGCUCUGGGGUUACUGUCAGCCCAUCUUCUGCUCAGGAGCAUUCACAGUCACAGGCUUUGUCGCUUGAAGAACUUAAAGAAGCCGGGCAUUCGCAGCCAUCCUCCGCAAAAGAUGAGACGCAUAUCGCAGUGCCACCAAAUUCAGGCACGAUGUCACACCAAGCGUCGCAGGUCAACUCGGUGCCGAGAGAUCAGUUGGGCUCGGAAAUUAUUCAACCCCCAUCGGCUGUAUCAGUCUUGACUGAUAUAAACAGUGCUCCGACCGCACAGCCCCGGCGCGUGUCACUAGCGGAAGAAAAGUCAAUGGUUGAGGUUUCGCCUAGUCCCGUCUCUCCCAGCCCACCGCCGGGUGUCCACCCGGCGGUGGGCCAAUCUUCGGAGGAACCUACGCCUCCGCUUGCAUCUCCCGAGUUAUCACAGCAUCAGCAGCACCAGCCGGCCGCUCCAGUUAAGAUCACUAACUUCAAAGAAAUCAUGGAGCUUCCAAGCGCAUCGGAGAGGAUCCACAAGUACAAUGAAACCAGAGAACAGUUUGCGUCGAUGGACUCUGGGCUUAACAAUUGGUUAGCCACUCUAAAGUCUCAACACCCGGAGCACGCCAAUGCGACUGCCUCUUUCGCAGCCCAUGCUUCGAAUGCUGGUCAACCGCAGUCUUCACCAGCUGCAUCCCAGCCGGCUUCUCAGCAGCCUUAUUACCAACAGUAUCUGAAUGCAAGCUCGCCCAACGUCAACACGGCAUCAGCAUCAGGUCGUCCUCCUGUGGGCAGUGUGCCUAUGGGGUCCCAUUCACCUUCAAGCGAUUUCAAGCAUUCGAGCGGUCAAGUUGGGGCGAAGGGCAAGGGACUGUUGCUUGCGGCGGGUAAGGCGGGUAAAGGUCUAUUGAGCAAGGGCAAGAACAAACUCCGUGGCACUGGGGACAAGAGCGAUUCGUCUCCCCCGCCGGCCCAGUCCCAAUCCAAGGCCAAAGCAGAGCGUCGUACGUCAUGGGGCAUUAGCCUCGGAACCCGCUCAUUACCCCAUGCCGGCAGUCAUGCACAUUCAGCGUCGUUCUCAGAAUCUAUGCCUGGCCCAGCUCUUAGUUCACAAACAAUCCCGGAACAUCCGGCAUCUCCGACUCCACCACCUCAACUGCCCCAGACGUCACGUAUCUCCCCAUUCGAUGCCUUGACUCAGGACAAUAAGCCUUCGGCCUGGGCCCCACCUCGGCCUAAGACCCCUAAGCAUCCUGCCGACGCUCGCCGGAACAGCGAGUCGGAGCCAGUGUCUCCCGUCUCGGAGACUCAGUCCGUAUCGGGCCCUCAGGAGCACAACAAGACCCAUGAUGGAACCUUUGGCGGCGGCGGCGACCUCCAAGCGUCAACAUCCGCGGACAAGAACCAGUUAUCGUGCGAUCCCUUGAAAGGUACAUCCUUGGUUGAAAAAGAGGGAUUCGAGAUGGGGCAGCCCGAGGAUCUCAGCACCCAUGCGCAUUCUACUCUUCCUGCUCCAACUGUUUUGCCAGCACAAACCACAUCAGCAACGAAGAACACAAAAAUUGAGGACCAGUAUGAUGAUUGGGUAGUGGUAUCGCCGCAGUCAGCUGCUUCGGAACAUGUUUAUGUAGUGUCACCAGAGUCACCGCAGCUGGCCCGUUCAAUCCAGCCCGCUGGAACCAGUAACGAGAUUUUCUUGAAGGAGAAAUCCAAACCUGUUGCCAGUCAGGAUGUUACUACGGAUGCGUCACAUGCAUACCGACAUGUCCAACAGCAGACUCAGUACCAGGCUCAUCAGCAACUGCCAUCUCAACAACAGUCAGAAUCACCUCAACGCCAGUCUUCUUUCAUCGGUCUUCCCCCCAUCAGACGGAGUUCUACCUUCGGAGUUAAUCUCACUAGGAGAGCCAAAAAGCGAUUCUCUCUGGACGAGGAAGACGACGCUGAAGGACAAGUUCUUGUAUCGUCUCCAGUUAGAACGUCAGCAGGGCAACAAGGGCCCGGUCCCAGCAGCACGUCGCAAAUCCAGCAAGGAGAGCCCAAACUAUCUAUUCAAACUGCGCAGCCUGCGCAAAUCGAGACAGGACUGUCUGCUUCCCGAAAGGACAGCACUAUAUCUCAUCAAAUCAUUUCAGCCACAUCUACUCAGGCUGCAACCUUAGCGACAGAAAGCACCGGUGUUGACUGGAGGGUUGAUGACGAGAAAAGACCAUUAGAUCCUCGAUCAUCUUUCAGGCCUGGUGGCCCCACCCCAGAUCCCAUUAAUACACAGCUCGCAGCGCAGAAUGAGGGCCGCAUAGGGGGUCAGCUGUUAGGUCCUGGUAUGCGAUCUCAACAAGGAAUGAUGUCACCGACUUUGGGGGGUAAUCCAAUUCAUCACCUCCCACCGCAAGGGCCCUGGAAGCUUGAGGAAUCUCACCUCUCAGAGCCACUUCUACCAGCAAGCCGCAAUCGCCAGUCUGGUGGUUCAGUGUCUCCGCACCAGCCGUUCUUUGGCUUUGAUAAAGAGACUGGAGUGCCCCCGCCAACAGUAUCACGUCAAGAGACGCAGCUCCCGCCCCGACAUAAGUUCUCGGAGGUGCCUCCAUCAUCAGCACAGCGAUAUCCCGGCUUGUUCACCUCACCACCGCAAGGCUACCCGAACCCUACUUCUCCAACUGGACCGUGGAGCUCUUACGAUCUUGGUCAGCAACAUCAUCCACGAGACAAUACCUCUUUAAAGAGGACCCAAACAGGCGACUCCGAAGUAAGCAGCGUGGAGCCGUCGGGAGAUGAUGAUCGGGGUAGAAGCAAAUACGGUUCAUGUUUCUUCAAAGAGAUUGGUGACCGCUUGUCGCGGGCAUCUUCAAGAGAAAGACAAAACUUCAAAGACGAGGCGGGAAUGCCUGGCCAUCCCGUCGGCUCUGAUGAGAGAGAUAGGAAUUCUGUGUCAAGCAUUGCCACGCAAGAGAUUCAGGAUAGACAAAAGCGGCGGUCUAGUUUCUUCCUUACUUUAAGGGGAUCCAGGCCCUCAGAUGCUGAAAAGCCAUUAGUUCAGGAUGGUGAUGGAACUGUACCCUCGCCCAAAGCCAGUCCCAAACCCAUCUUUGAUCAAAGCCAACAGUCGGCCGCGUUUGCAGACAGAAAACGAUCGUUUCUCGGCCCAGCUGCGAACGACACCUCUAUCAACCAUCCAUCUCUGUCUCGCUCAUCCACUUCAACUGCUGAGAACGAGCAUGCCUCUGGUGCCAGAGGCCCUCCAAAGAAACGAUUCUCUGGCUUUGCUGGUAAAGUUUUCAACCGCACUUCGAGCCAGCAAGAUCUACAGUUGCCGUCAAAACCUGGUACAUCUCAUUCAGUAGCAUCAUCUUUUCAGAGUCACAAUACUGGAGCUAUCGGGAAUCAAGUAGGCGUACCUAGUUCGCCGAUAGCUCAAGGAAGAGAACGUAGCAACACCACAGGUUCCGGGCCAUAUAGUCUACACCAGACCGGUAAGCAAUUACAGACUGUUGGUGAGGAGGACCGCGGAAGGAGAAGCUCAGCAGGUGGCUUUCUGUCUGGUUUGUUUGGUCACCGAUCCUCCAGAAAUCAAGAGGUCCAGCAACCUGUCCAACAUGGGCCAUAUCAGAAUAGUCAAGCCCUCGCGCAAGUCAAAAUGCAACAGUCCGGACAUCAAAUUCAACCUUCCAGCCUCGGGCCAAACCGUCAAAUUGGGCAGCUGCCAAUAAACGGCCCGGCACAACAUCCAUUCUAUCCUCAAUUGUCAGCUGGGCAUUUAGCCCCAGGCAAUGGAGCUCAAUCACAGCCUGUUGCGACUCAGCAAGACCCAUCACAAUCGUUGGAUGGAGCUCGCUCGCCAGCCUCUCAUCUUUCGCAACCCACGACCUUGAUUCCAGAUACUAAACAGGGCUACGGCCCAGCCAGGUUGGGAGCACGACCAACUUCCGAUGUUGAGAGUGGCAUACAUCAAGAUCAAGAUGCGCCAGACAAGACAGCCAAAGGUAUCGAUUACCCACAAAUUAAACCUGAACAUACCCCAAACAGGGCAGCGCCCCCAGGGGAGCGUCGCCACAUCCCAACAUCUCAAAUCACUCAGGGCGAACCUUCACCGGCAUUAUCUGAGCGGAGUGACAGGCGACAAACCUCUCCUUCACUGUCGCAAGUCCGCGAUGAACCAUCACAUGAUGUGCAGUCAGGUGGUCAGAUUCAAACUCAAAUGAACCCUAUACAGGGGAUAGGUGCCGCACAACAAUCACCUUCUAAGCUCGAAGGCGGGCAAUUGCAAUCUACUGAUUCUCGACCGCCCCCUCUAUUACAAGCACACGGCAACGCCGCUCAUACUCCUAGAAACCCAGGGGAUUCUGUCAGCCGGUUCCCUGACCGACCUGUGUCUUUGCAGGCCCCAGCCGGUGCGAGACCUCAAUCACCCGGCAGUGCGGCCAAUCGGUCAGAUAUAUCACAGCACUCGCCUACAUCAGCGUCGCUGAGACUGUCAGAUGCCUCCCAGGUACAGCCUCCGCCUCCUACUACCACCACCACUACUACUACCCCUACUGUGGUAGGCGGGCAAGCACCUGCAUCAGGAACAUUCAAAGGCCCAUCAGACCCAUUCGUCCAGGGAAGUGUGAAACGACCUGAUGAGACCUCUCGGCAAAUGUCUUCCUUCGCGCCUCAGGGGUUCCGCCAGCAGGCCUAUACUCUUGCAGAUCUCGGUCCUGGCCAGUUCUCUCAGAUACCAUCGAACCCAAGACAGCAACAUUCACUCCCUUAUGCAUCAGGACAAGGGCAGCAACCGGCUGUCCUAGCCCUGAGUGACCAGGGACAGCAAGGCUCAGUCUCUAAAUGGUUUAAGAGUAGAGCCUCUACACAAGCCGUUCAAUCUCAACCUUACCAGAAAGAAUCAACAACCAAAUCUCUCUUUGGCGCAUUCAAGAGAUCCUCAAAACAGCCAGAGCCUCGACAGUCGCAACUGCCGCCGCAACAAUCAUCACAACCUGGCCAAGGACAGCAACCGCCAUCAAUCCAUAUUAGACACGGGCAGCAAGGGAUACCACCAUCCGGUCCUCUGAACCAGCGCAACAUUCAUCCAAUGCAAGGGCCUCCCCAUCUUAUGUAUCAGCAGCAGCGUCAAUCACCGUUGCCAUCAGCAGCAUCUGGACAACGGCCACCUCCUCAGCACAUCUUGUCCAAUGGAGGCCUAGAUGCCUCCCAAGGUGGAAACCAAAUCUCACAGUACCAACGAAUGAAAGCUGAUCCUGCGAUGACCCAAGUUCCCACUCCUCCCGGUUUACACCCUCACAUGCCUCAGUCUCAGCCUUAUCAGGAGCCCCAGUAUGAUCAAGUUCCAAUUCCUCGAGGUUACGCCGCCGUUCAUGGCGAAGGAGGCAUGGCCCCUUCCCCCUAUAACAUCGGACAUCCUUCGCCACCAGCUCAGUAUCCCCACCAUCAGAUAUCGCUUGUGCAGCAACACUGGGCCCAGCCUCCAAUUGCUCCAAGCCGUCCUUCAGAUGCGUCAAUACAGAGCCAGCAGCAGCAUCAACAUCAGACAGUGCAAAUUCAACCCCAAAGUCAACUUCAUAUUCAGCCCGUGGUACCUCUGAUGGCGGACCGGCGCAUAAGUGCGGCAUCUCACCUGUCCAAUGUCUCGAAUACAAGCCACAGUUCACAGCUUGGUUAUAACAGUCCUAACGGAGGUGUGCAAGGAUAUGGCCAACAUCGGCAAAGGGAACCUAGCGUUUCAUAUCUCUCGUCUCAGGACGUGGGCCCGAAUACUCUAGUCAACCAUCAUCCCGAUUCCCAAGUUGAUUCCCCAGGCAACCUUCAUCUCAGCUCCCAUACCCCGAACCAAUUGGACUACCAGACUGUACCUCAGACAGAGCAGUCUCCCCCCCCUCCUCCUCCUCAACAACAACAGCAGCAGCAGCAACAGCAAUUAAAUCCAGUCGUCCCUGCUGAACAGUAUACGGCAUCUUCGCAAACCCAACCAAAAAUUGGCAGAGGUUUCCAGGAUUCGAAAGUUUCCGAUAUUGACGGAGAUCAAGUGCGUGGUACUAAUGUGGCCAAGGCCCAGCUUAAUGGCCUAUCAUCUUCUAAUAUACACACAACAACUCCAAAAGAUGUUGCCGCCGAGCCAGAAAGCGUUGGGGACAAUACUUUGCGAGCCGCGUCUUCAGCCACACUGGUCAUGGCAGGCAGAAACCAAGCCCCGAUCCCGUCCACAACUGCUGCUCCUCAUUUGAGUAUCAAUGUACAAAAGGCAAACCAGGAGGGCUCAGACGACAUCUAUGACUCUACCCCACGCCUACCAUCUGGUCCAUCUCCUCCAUCAGCACAACCCGUCAUUGCGAUUAAGACUGGGCAAAGUCAGGUCAGCGAUAGUUCAGCAGAUGAAGCGCCGCGCAACGCUACUCACACCAACGGCAAUAUUAACGGUGCAGCUUCAACCACACUUACCCGCGGCAAAAGCACAAGGGCGGAGCUAGAAGACACUGAAGACGAGCGUAUGAGAACCAUGAGGCUCGAGGCUCAAGAGGAGAAGAUUUUAGUUGACCCCUACGAAGAGAAGCAGUCCUCGGGGAAUAAAUACAGAAAAGAUGAUGAUCCAGACGCCCCCCAGAUGAGCGCAACAAGCUAUCCUGGGCAAGAAUGGAACCCAUAUGGGGCCGGCGGCUAUGAGGACUGGGACUAG